AUGGCAAUCCCCAAGAAGUCCUCCUACUACGAUCGCAACCUGCGACAAGGGCCCGCCCUGAUCCGAGCACGCAAGCCUUACCUCGUCAAGAACCUCGCUGUUGGUGCCGGUCUGUGGUGCUUCGCCGGCGCAGUGUACUGGUACACUCUCAAGGCGGUCGGACAGGACGAGUUCGAGGACGUCAAGGUCCCCGAUGUUCCAAGGCAGCCGGCAAAGAACAACUGA